UCCCCGCCUCCCCGCCCCUCCCCUCCCUUCCCUCUUCCCGUCGUCCCUCGCGCCGCCAUGUUCCUGCAGUGCUACACGGACGAGCGCGGCUGCCGCGUUUACACGCUGAAGAAGGUGUCCCCGGACGGGCAGCCCACGCGCUCGGCGCACCCGGCUCGCUUCUCCCCGGACGACAAGUUCUCCCGGCACCGCCUGACGUUGAAGAGGCGUUUCGGAGUGUUGCCCACUCAACAGCCGCGGCCGCUGCUCUGAGGGAGAGGCGGCGCGAGGAUGGGGGAAACGGAAUAAAAACCGAAUGAACCGCGCGGGGGAGGGAAAUAAAGGAGCCGCGUUGUGCGGGCGCCGCCAUGUG